GGAGGCUGUGAAGGCCGUGGCCCACGAGAACCAACAGUUUCCAAAGAUAUAAUACAUCCUGAGAUCCUCUUGUAAUGCCCUUUUUUCCUCUUCAUCCCUUCCAGGUCUUUUGUUCUCUCUAUUAUUACUUGCUCUCGCCCUGUUGAGUUCCAAAGUCAUUCGCUUCUUUGGCCUCAUUCUUUUUCUUGUUAUCUCAUAAGCCCUCGCAAAGUACAUUCGCUAUCUCAUAUCGAACUACCAGCUAUAUAUUCUCACCAAACCUUCGUUGAACAGCAACUUGUUUCUAUCACAACUUCACCAUGAGGUCUACACUCUCCACUAUCGUUGCUCUGACUUCAAGCCUUCAACUGGCAUCUGCUGGAUGGACUAAUGCCCCUUCCUUCUCUUGCCCUGCCAACACAAACAACCAAUGCAAUACUCAGCAAUCCUCUGGUUUUGACUGGAGCGGUCUCAGUUUUGGAUCUUUCUCCCAAUAUGGCGGCCUUAAUUUCGGUGGUUUCUCCUGCGCCAGCUCUUUCGGCAGCGGCUCCAAGCGUGAUAGCUUGAGUAAACGAACAUUCCAGAACACAUGCAUCACCGGCAAAGCUCAAUCUGAUAUCUCGAGCUGCCCCAGCUUUGGAUGCGGUUCCUCGUCCGAUGUUUCCGCGUUCUCGGUCAAUGAACUUCAGAUCAGUGUUGAGUUUGACUGUGAUCUUGAGUUCCACUACAGCAUGCCCGGCGGAUCUACAUGCAAGCAGACCCAUUCUUGCAGCUCUGGAGGCAGCGUUGUGAAGAACACUCAGUGUGGAGGUGCAAAGAACGUGACGGUUGUCUACCCUUCUCAAUCUUCCGGAAGCGGAAAGGGAAAGAGCAGCUGCAGCAUUGGUGUCCACAGCAUUGGUUUUGACUGCAGCUCUGCUUCAAGCACAAAGUAUCACACCACGUCCACGUCAACUCCAGUCAAGGCCACGACAUCAUCUAUUCCUACUCUCACCACGAGCUCAACCAAGGAGAUUAAGACUACUCCAGGUUCAUCGCCUGCUGCCAGUACGUCCACACCCAAGCAAGUUGAGACUACUCCAUCUCCGUCGCCUGCUGCCAGCACGUCUACACCCAACCAAGUUGAGACAACCUCCAGUGUUUAUGCUACCGAGUCAUCUCCUGCAGCGUCACCGCCCACAACAUCGACCUCGUCCAGCGUCGUUGAGGUCAUUACCACUGUUGUCGUCGACACCACGACUACUCUUUGCCCAGUCACAAAAACCCACACCUCUGGAAAUGGCACCAGCAUUGAGAUUUCCACAUCGACAUCUACCAUCCUCUUGACGACAACAAAGACCAUCUGCACGCGAUGCGAGGCCGAAUCCACAUCAUCUCCCGUCGGAACCCCAGCUGCCGUUUCCACCAACUCAGGCGUCUACGUGCCCACAACUAUCACGACAUCGAGCGGACCAAUAACUACAGCAACCUGCCCAGAUGUCCUGCCUCAGUGCUUGAACACCUGGCUUUUCAUCGAAGGCUGCAGUUCCAAUACUGAUACUAACUGCUUCUGCCCAUCAACCGACUUUGUUACCAACGUCUUCUCUUGCUUGUCUGCGUAUGGUGCCUCGGAUACCGAGAUCAGCCUCGCCCAGACCUACUUCCAGGGUAUCUGCGCACCCUAUAUUCCCUCCAACCCAGCCAUCGUCACAUGCGCUUCCAGCGUCAUUGCGACCGUUUCCCAGACCGCUGUGCCAGUGACUACAAUCACAGUCCAGACCACUGUGACAGUUCCUUGCACAGAAACCACCGGUGUCUCCUCCGGAUACAUCAUUCCAUCAAGCUACACCACCACCACCAUCAGCACUGUCGUCACCGUUCCUCAAGUCGUCUUCACGACUGUUGGAGGAACCUCAAGUGCCGACGCAGUCCUCGUAACAGGUGCUCCGACCCUUGGAAAUGCUGGUGUCGCUCUUUCAACCGCCACACCGGCACAGACCACCUAUGGCGCGAGCGGCAUCUCGAACAGCACCAUCCAAGCCAGCAGCACACCUACACAACAAACUACCAGCUCAGCUGGUAAGAACAGCAUCGCGAUCGGAGCCAGCUUCGCCACGCUCUUCUUCGCCGUCUUGAUCUUGUAAAAAAGAUCAUACUCUGUCCUAUCCUGCCCUAGAUGCAGGGAGGGAAGAGCAUAGCAUUGGGAGGAUAUAUAUGCAUUUGAGGCGUUUCUCUUUCUGAUACCAGCUCGCAUAACAUUGGGGGAAACACUUGGUUCCGAUUUGGGACUUUACGGUCAGACGGCCAGCAUGAAAUGAGAGAUGAACGUGGCUUGAUGUCAUGUAUAAUGGGUGGGGAAGACGAACAAUGGUUUGUGCAUAGAGCACUGUAAUAUAGAUGCGAGCUGCGUGAAGCAACAAGAAUAAGAAGCAUGAUUGAACUUCAAAUACUCAGAAUCUUCGGACAUGUGAG